AUGAACUCGGACAGUAUUCGUACAUCAUGUCCCGGUUAUCUGGACAAUUAUGGAAUAUGGAAUAAUGGUUUCGAUUGUCCACCAAUACAGUCACAAAUUCGUUCUUGUUGUGGAACAGAAUCGAAACGUUAUUGUUGUAGUGAUAAUACUAUUCAUCGUGAUAGGUCAAAACUAAUAAAUAUUAUAUCAUCGACUUCAGAUAUAUUCUUACCAACAUCAUCAUCACCAUCCUAUCGAUUUUUAUCAUCUUCUCUAUUGACUUCAUUAUCAUCAUCGAGAAAUCUGUAUUUUUCUCUACCAAUUUUAAUUUCGUUUAUAAUCGGACUUUUAUCCGUUAUAUUUUUAAUAUUAUUUAUAUGUCGUUAUCGUUUACGUAAAAGCCCACAAGCAUUACAAAAGAAACAACAAUUAAUUCUAUUAGAUUCAAAUAUACAAAUAGAAGAUUCUAGUCAAUAUCCAUUUUCAUAUCAUAACCAUCAUCAUUAUAUUAGAAAGCAUGAAAAACAAACGUGUAGUAAUUUACGUACAAGUGAUAUAACCACAACUACAACAACUGCUACGUCCUCAUCAUCAGGAGAACUAUCAACCAUGUAUUUUAAUGAUUGGAAAGAAUUUCUUGUUUCAGAAUCAACUCCAAUGAAUUUAUAUCCUUCAAUGUCAUCAAAUAGUAUUUCAGAUGAAUAUAUCACCACACCGUAUACAGAUUUAUUUUCAAAAAAAAAUCAUCAAAUUAUAUAA